GAGACACACGUAUCAAAAACCACUCACAAACACAAGAACACACUUUUUAUAAACUCUCAAACCAAACAAAAGAAGAACAAGAAGAAGAAAAAUGGUGAUGGUCAAGGCCACAUGGGUGUCCCUUCUGGCCCUCGCUGCGUUUCUCCUAGUGGUUCUAGUCCCGGCGGCAGAAGCGGUGACGUGCUCGCCAAUGCAGCUAAGCCCAUGUGCGGCGGCGAUAACGUCGUCAUCUCCACCGUCAGCGUUGUGCUGCGCGAAGCUGAAGGAGCAGAAGCCAUGCAUAUGUGGGUACAUGAGAAACCCUAGCCUCCGUCGCUACAUCAGCUCUCCCAACGCUCGUAAAGUCUCUAACACCUGCAAGUUCCCCAUGCCAAGGUGUUGAAAAAAGUGUGUUUGCAAUUAUAUAUGAUCAUCCUAUAAACUUUGUUUGAAUCCUGCUUUUGGUAUGCGUUUAGGGAUGUUAAUUAAAAAUCAUACCCUUAAGAAUAACACUGUGUGAUCGAUGAUGCUUUUAUACAUCUUAUUUUCAAUAUUUUUGUUGCACGUGACAAGGGCUCAUCGUUACUACCAGCGUCUAGAUUCAUCUUUGGUUCAUGUUAUUUCACCACUACAGGUUUUGGUUUUGAUUGGUUAAAUUUUUUUCUUGGGUUUAAUCGACUCCACUGCAUAUAUCUAUUUUGUUCAUACGGAUCUGGACUCAACCCAGUAAAACACAAUCCUUGGUCCUUUAAAAAAAAAAUUGAAUUUUAAUUCAUUCAAUCAAAAGCCUUUAAAUUACAUAAAGUGCAGCUUAAUUUGAAGUGUUUAAAAGAAUAAAAAUCAUCCUAAAAUAAAAAUUACACAGAUGAUUUUCUUUUUAUUAGUUUCUUUAGUAAAUGUUUUAUUGACCAUAAAAUUUCAGAUCCAUCUCUGAUGGUAGAUUCUCGCAUCAUGUGUUGUUAACGUUGUGGUCUUCGCCUUUCUCUAGUAACAGUCUGCUUUUGUCACCUGGAAACAAAAAGUCCAAUAAGUGAUAUCCACUAAACACCUAAUCUAAGCCCAGGCCGAGCCCAAUUGAGUUCCCGACAAAACUUAUACAAACAACGUUACUUUCUCUCUCUCUCUCUCUCUCUCUUUCUACUCGAAUAAAUAAAAGCCAAAACUUUGAACUUGCUCCAUUUCUAAGGACAGAAAGGAAUCUUCUUCGAUCAAUCAAUGGAGCUCCCUCCUCCGCCGCCACCGGAGAGAUCAAAGCGCCUCCAUAACUUCACCUUACCUUAUCUCCGAUGGGGUCACCAGAGAUCCCUCAGGUGCGUCAACUUACCCUCUUCUUCUUCUUUCCCUCCUUCUCCCGAUCAUGGAGAGAGGAGGAAUCUAAGCAUCGAUCCCAUCUGCGAUGGGAAACCACCAAAGGUCUCGACUUUGGGAAACGGAGGAGGCGAUGAUGCCGCUGCAGUAGCAGAAGCAGCUCGGCCGUGGAAUCUGAGGACGAGGAGAGCUGCUUGUAACGAACCCACGAGGAUCACACAUGGUCAUGGAGACUCGGAGAAGAAGGAGAAAGUGAAGUUCUCUGUUUCUUUGUUGAGGGGAGAAAUCGAAGAGGACUUCACAUCCCUCUUUGGGAAAAAACCUCCUCGAAGGCCAAAGAAGAGACCAAGACUUGUUCAGAAUCAAAUCAUUACUCUUUUUCCCGGAUUGUGGCUAGCAGAACAAGUAACAGAAGGCUCUUACGUCGUCCCUGAGCCUGUGGAAACAUGAUGAAAAGGUGUUUGAUUCCUUGGUUUCUUCAAGAAAAUGGUUGUAUACUAUCAAAUGUAGCAAUUAAGCCAGUUUUAUGCUUGCUUCUGUUUGUUCUUUUAUAGAGACAUCUGGUGGGUUUUUUCAUUACCAAAGCUAAUUGUAAUCUCCAUGGCAAUGGAAUCUCCAGCUAUUUUUGUAUUGUUAUAUCCAUAAUGCAGCUCUCUGCAAUUUCCUUA